AUGGAGAACGUAGGAACAGGGAUUAAGGACAUACUGCCCAUUCCACAUACCACCCAGCCUGUUGCAGACCCUAACAAGGAAGAGCUUCAUACAGACUCACAGGAUACACCUACCCUAAGCCAUUCGCUAGCUGCAGCGGCCGUAAAUAAUCCUGAGGCUGUGACAGAAGAGAAAGGUGCUGCGCAGCGUGAACACGAUGUAGAAGUCGUUGAUCUUGGCUGGAAUGAGCCACCCUCAGCCAUUGCGAAUCCACUGAUUGGUGGUAUGAAAAACGAAGACCUAUGGCUUUUGGUACGAAGAUUUAACAAGCAAAUGUACCAUUUGAAAGAGAUACCCAAUCCGGCCCCUGGUGGAUUGGACUUGAAUGUCGCCGAAGAGGAAGAGUUUUCGCCAGAUAAGCUGCGAAACAAUGUUGAGAGACUGUAUAUGACAGUCAUACUUGGUCUAAUGGCCUUUGGCAAGCAGAUGGCGAGGCUGAGAUCUUGGCGAGAGAUGCAUCGAACUGCGUGUUUUGCGACGGUAUACUUCCUGGUAUGGGCUGUUGAUUUGCUGGUGCCCGCUUUCUUGUUUCUUAUCAUGACCCUGAUCCUCUCUCCAGCGGCUCGACGAUUAUUAUUUCCACCUGCACCCAUUGCUCUGGUCAAUGGCAAGACAGGUGGUGUGCAAAAGCCAAGGGCAGGCGUAUUGGGAAGCACGGAUUCUGCGACAGGUGCGCCCGAAAACUACAAAGGCGAGGCUGUUGAGCAAGAAGCCAGCAAUUUUGUUACCGGCAUCGCUUCAGUAGCUUUGAGUGGUGCGACGGGCAAACAUCCACAGAACGACCCACCUCCAGACGAGGACGCUUCCCAAGAUGCUGUGCCAGAUCCUUCCGCAGUGGCACUGUCUGCUGCUAACGCAAAGCAAAAAGCGUCCGGAAAUAAUCCAUCCGCCUCGAUGGACAAGACUAAAGUACCAAUGGAAACAGCAAUGUGGACGAAGAUGCGACCGAUAAUGCAUGGACUCGCUAACGUUGCGGAUACAUGGGAACGCGUGGGAAAUGCUUUGAAUCCUACACCGCCGUUCCCAAAGUACGUGUACCGCCUACGUCUUGCUUCUCUUGUUCUACCACUGUUCUUGAUUUCGUUAUCUACUAGUGCAUAUAUCGUCGUGAAGGGAACUACCUUCGCCAUUGGCUUUGGCUUUUUCGGAGAUCCAAUCAUUACCCCUGCGCUUCAAUGGCUCGAUCGCACGUAUCCCAACUGGCAAAAGCUUCUUGAGGUUCGCAACACAAUUCUCAAAGGCGUUCCAACUAAUGCACAGCUUACUAUUACGCUCUUGCGUAUUGGUGAAGCAAACAAGGCUCCUCUACCCCCGCCUCCAAGGGCUAUAUGUGCACCUCCCAAAAAGUCCGUACCAGUCAACCUCACUGAUGAGAAAUUACCCGCCUCUGUUGAUCCUCCAUUGAAUGCAACAAAGGAAGAACUCGACGCUGCACUUUCGCAUGAGCCUAAAGUUGCUCAUGACACCGGUAGCAAGGACACUAAUACUGCAAUGCAUCAAAAACAUGGUAAAAAGGGCGGUAAGAUUUUAGGAUUUCUGAAAGGUACCGCUAGAGGAGUUGUCAAUACGGCCAUUACUACAGACUCACUCAAAGCCAAAGCUGGCUCGACCCACGCCAAACAACGCCUUGGCGUUGUGGCUGCUGCGAAUGCUGUUGCUACAAGUGGGCCAGUAGAGUUUAAAUGCCGAUACAAUGGUCACAAAGGCCAUGCUUACAUCACUACCAAAGCGACCAUUCCAUGCAUUGCCUUUUCAACCGACACAACCAUCGAAAAGAUUGGCACACAGGAUCGUGAAGAUCUGCAUCCUGCUUGGAGCAUUCCGGUCCAAGAUAUUAAGGAGCUUCAGAAACGAGGAGGAUAUGGUUGGAAAGCUAAAUUAAUCGUAGGAUGGGCGCUAGAACGUGAAGUUCAGGACGGUCUCACUAUCAUCGACCGCAAGGGCAAUAAGUGGGAAUUGACCGCUAUGCCACUGCGUGACGAAUUAUUCAAUCGCCUCAGCGCGAUGGGCUCCCAGAAAUGGGAAUCGUGGUGA